GUUUACAGUGUUUUGUAGGUGAGGCUGGACACUGAGAGAAGAGUCAAGGAUUUGGCUCCCCAUUGGCUAGGGAGAGAGCUCGAGUUGUAAAGGACGCAGCAGGUUAAGACAGAUUGAACUGUACCAACUGUGAAGUGAAGACUGUGUUGAGAAGAUGGAAGGAGUACUUUAAGGACCUGAUGAAUGUGCACUGAAGAAAAUCAGAAUCAGAGAAUCAAAGAGACUUUAUUAAUACCAGAGCAUGCAUACAACAAACGUGUUGAAACAGAGGCAUAGAUAGAUAAAUAUUAAUAAUACAAAAGGACACAAAUAUGUGUGCAAAUAUAUGUCAUGGUGUAACACUGAAGGCAGGAGGCAAAGAGGAGAACCACAGAGAUGAUUGGUGGAUGUAGUGAAGGAGAAGAUGCAGAGGGUUGGUGUGACGGAGGAGGAUGCUGGGGACAUUUUCAGAUGAAGGUUGGACCGAUCAUCUAUUGCUGCGGACUAGCGGAAUAAGUAGCUCAGUGGGUCUUUGUCCGGGUUUUAUUUCUUGUGUCGAGAUAUUUAUGUAAACAUCAGCUUCAAGGAUUUAUUGUGUUUAUUUGCUGGUGAACAUGGGCUGCGCUGGAUUUACCUGCUCCAAGCACUCCCUGUGUGCGCUCAACAUCCUCUAUGUUAUGGUCAGUCUCCUGAUGAUUGGCAUCGCAGCAUGGGGAAAGUGGUUUGGUCUGGUCUCCAGUUUCCAGGUGGUGGGAGGCAUCAUUGGUGUGGGUGUCUUUCUCUUCUUUGUGGCUCUGGCUGGCCUCAUUGGGGCAAUGAAGCAUCACCAAGUCCUGCUCUUCUUUUACAUGAUCAUCCUGUUCAUGGUAUUUAUUGUACAGUUUUCUGUUUCCAGCGCUUGUCUGGCUGUCAACAGAGAGCAACAGGAUCACCUGCUGGAGGUGGGCUGGAACAACUCUGAGAGCACCCAGAGAGAUGUGGAGAAGAGCCUCAACUGCUGUGGCUUCAAACAUGUCGACCCUAACAGCAUGUGUGAUGCUGCUUGUUUCCCCAACAGCUUCUGUUCGCCUUGUGCAGACCAGAUUAAGGAACAUGCUGGAGAUAUUCUCCGAUUUGUAGGAGGAAUUGGCCUCUUUUUCAGCUUCACUGAGAUCUUGGGAGUGUGGCUCACAUAUUGCUACAGGAACCAGAAGGACCCACGAGCCAACCCUAGUGCUUUCCUGUGAGACAGCCAAAGCUCCACUGACCAACAUCCAAUCACCUCAUCCCCAAACGACCUCUAUGGACGUUCUGACUUGUGCAUUUUGACUGAUCACUGCAGUAAACCUGAUGUGUUUCGUUUUCAAGAGCUAAGUUAUGUGUGAGGAGCGGCGAACAUGCUGCCUUCAGCAUGACAUUCCUGCAAAAUACAGAUACAGUUAGUACACUGUGAAAUAAAAAGAAGGAAUGCUGAUCUGCUAUAUAAUCCAGAAGUAUUUACACAGCCUGGCUGAGAGUUAACUCUGAACACUUUUUUGUCAUUUUGUUUCUUUUAUAAAACAGUCGAUUCCACUGGAAGCAAUAAUUUCACCCACUUCUCUGCACACUGACAUUACAGAUUCGGAUGUUUUACCAUGUGUAGAAAUGUGAAUGUGUGACGAGCGGCUUUGUUUGUAACCUGCAGAUGUUUUGCAUAUUUGAGAGUAAGUGUGUGCCUAUGAGUUUUUCUCUGUUUGCUGUGGAUUUGCCCUUUUGCAUGACUCUGUCCAUUAAAAUGUGGGCUACUGUAUAAAAAACUGCAACUAUCUGUAAGCAGUUCCUCUGAGCCUUUGUACUGGAAACCACACUAUGAUACUAAUCUAAUAAAAAGAAUCAGUGUCUUCAUCA